GAUAAGGAAACUUCGGAGAAAGCCAUCGUAUGUCGUUCGUCCCAUCAGAAGUUCGACUUGAUCACACAUUUUUAGAGUGGGACAAAGAGUGGAUAUUCCAGCGUCUGCCAAAGACCGAGAUUCAAAUUCCGCGCGAGUUUGAGCCAGAUAUCGAAACCGACGCAAUUCCCACCAUUGCUCGUCAGCCCGCCGACCCAAACACUACCUGGAACGAGACUGGUUUGGAUCAAAUUCAAAUGGGACCAACCAUCAAUAGUACAAAAAAUUAAAUCAAGAUGGGAAACGAACAAAGCUCGUCAACAGCGGGCACAUCAUCUAAUCCUCAAAAUCAACAGUCGUCUUUUUCAUUUCUCACUCGAGCCAGUACUAAACGAUCAAAAGGCAUUAUCACGGUCAAAGAUGGCAAUAUUCCUCAAGAAAAACUCGAAGAUGAUGAAAUUUACAAAAGAUUCACCGAAAUUCCCCGUUUUUUGCCGGUGAUUCCAGCCGUAAUAGGCAAACGAGAUCCACAAACGAAUCAAGGAGCUUCUUACACUCAUCAAAAAAUCAGUUCGC